AUGGCCCCGAAAUUAAGAUCCCGCGGCAAUGCACAAGGCUUGCAAACUGUUACUAGUAAUGGAAGUAAAAGAAAAAGAAAUGGAACGUCAGAUGCACAGUCGAAAUCAGUACCAAAGAAAAGGAAAGGAAAGCAGUCAGUAGUUGCUGUUCCAGACAAACCAACAGACUGCCAAAAAGCUGUUGUUGACGAGGGGAUCAUCAAAGAUUUCCGCAUCAAGUUUCAUCCACAGCCAUUUUGUCCACAGGAACCUGGAAAUGUUCCCAAGGAGCAUCAGACAAAGUUCAAGCACAUUCAGCAACUAGGCCAGAUGAAAUACCACUCGUAUGCAUUACAACCUCGACCUGACAUCGCCAAUAAGCCAUGGGAGCUUGAUAACAAGAUGCGAGCUAAGCGUCUUACUCAGAAGGCUGCCAAGGCGAGAAGUGACUACCUGAACGAGGAUAGCUGGCGAAUGGCACUUGAGAAUGACGUCUUUGAACGUUUUGAAAUAGAAGUUGCAUGCCAGCAGUGCCGCAAACGUCUGUGGGAAUCCCACAUCCAGGUUAACCCGGCAGAAAGCAAUAGUCGAACAACGAACCUCGCAGAGCGUCAAAAACAUCGUUCAGUAUGCAAGUGUGAGCCAUUGUCAAGACAGUAUAGCAUUUUAAGCACAGGACUGAGCGACAUAUUCUCUACUCGUAUUGGCGAGCGAAGUGUGAUCCAGGAUGACCCCGAAAAUCACCAUCGAAUUGAGAUGCAGCCUGAUCGAAUCUAUGGCCUGAGAACCACGGAUGCCAUGGAGAGGAUUCUGGAGCAACCGCAUGUUUCUCACUUAAGAGAAGACCCUGAGAUCGAUGAUGUUUUACUAAACAGAUUGACUAUUAGCUGCAAUCCAGACAGUGGUGGAGGAGCCUCGAUAUACCCUUUCUUGGUGAUGGAGGCUAAGAGCCUCAAAGGCGGAAGCAACUUCCAGAAGAUUGAGACGCAAACGGCAGUACCCAUACGAAAUCAUCUGUACCUACAGCUCAAGCUCCACGAUGACGAAUUAAACAAGAUGCAGAUACCAGGAGGCCCAUUAGCCUGGUUUCUUGCGUAUUUUGGUGAGACGUGGAGGGUAUAUGGAUGUUACGUCACAAAAUCUAGUCCGAACGCUCUGCCCUAUUAUAACAUCGUUCGCCUAUGGCAAGGGAGUAUCACUGGCGACGACGAAGCACUUCAACUAGUCCUGAUUGUGGACUAUAUUGUUGACUGGGCGCGUGAUAUCUACCGACCCAGUAUCAUGAGACAACUGAUGUCUGUAGUAGACCAAGGUUCGCAGUCGGCUUACACGAUCAUCGAAGAACCCGACAUUCUCUCGAUACGUGAUUAUGCAAACUCUUGGUAUGGUGGUAGACCUGUCGCUACCAUUAGCGGAGCUGAAAUAACUGGGGUGCCUGCCGAAUCAGCCUUCGAUGCAAUGGACUCCACCAUUGAGUCUUCUCUUGAGCCCCUCUUCGAGAGCACAGGAAAACAUGUUGAUAUCAGAGUCUGGGAAGGCGCCAAGUAUGAGUCACGAGUACGAGGGCUGCUACAUCAGAUUCAACACGGUUCAUAUGAGUCGCUGUUGGUUCCUCUUGUCACACCCCCAAGACAUCAAGACCAUUGA